AGCCCGGCUGCUUCAUUGUCACCUGGCCUCGGGGCGCCCGGUCACCGGCCCGAACCUUGAGUCCGGCGCGUCCCAACUCUGCUGGCUCCGCACCUGCGCCCCGCCGGCUGAGUCCGCAGGCCCCGAGCCUCAGGCCUGGCUCGUGGGCUGCGCUCUUGGCCCACGCAGAGCCCACCACGUCUACCAUGAAAGGCUCUCGGGCCAGCAGCAGCGCCCCUGGGAGCAGCCCAGAAAGCAGGGACUUGAGUCUGACGGGCCUCCCACCACCCAUGUCCCAGCGCCCCAGCAGUGCCUCUGCUGCUAAGCCCCUCUCCCGGUCCAUCUCUUUGGUCACAGGCAGCGAGCAGAGAAAGAAGGUACUGGAGGCCUCAGGGCCCGUGGGCUCCCAGCCCAUCAACAACCUCCGGAGGUCCAACAGUGCCACACAGGUCAGCCAGUCGCAGACCAGCGUUUCCAGGCCAGCAGAGGCCACUGACUUCCUGACACUCCUUGAGGACAGCCCCAGUGGGAGAAAGAGGCCACCCUGCCUGAGCAAAGCCCCUGGCGAGAAGGAAGCCACGCGCAGCGUCCUGGAUGGCCAGCCCAGAGGCUUUACCGUUCCAACUAGUGCCCGGCAUUGCAGCGCUGACUCACCAGUGGGCCCACGGAGGAAAGAAGGCACUGUGGCCUUGGCACCCAACUUCACGGCUAACAACAGGAGCAAUAAAGGAGCCGUGGGCAACUGCGUCACCACCAUGGUGCACAACCGCUACAGCCCCUCAGAGAAGGCUCCCCCUGUCAAGAGCUCCAACCAGGCAGCCUCCUCCCUCAACAAUGUUGUCAAGGCAGCCGCCUGUGAGGGCAAGGACAGCAGCAGCUUUGAGAAGCCUCAGAAGAACAUCCCCAGCACGAACCUCAUGGCCCAGAGCAAUGCAGGGGGCACUGCCGGCCUGCUCAGGCGGAGGGAGGUGACUGAAGAGGAGGCCGAGAGGUUUAUCCACCAGGUGAACCAGGCUGCUGUCACCAUCCAGCGUUGGUACCGCCGCCAGGUGCAGCACCGCCGAGCUGGAGCUGCCAGCCUAGAGUACCUGCUCAGGUCCAGGAGAGAGGAGCAGCAGCAGCGGUUGGGCAGGGAGAGCCUCCUGGACCUGCAGCAGCAGAAAGAGGCAGCGAGGAGGAAGGCCCGGGAGGAGAAGGCACGCCAGGCCAGACGAGCAGCCAUUCAGGAGCUGCAGCAGAAGCGAGCUCAGAAGUCAGGCACUGCAGGGCUCAGGCCGCCUGGGGAGACCUGUGCUCUGGGGAUGCCACAGCCUGUCCUGGAACCGCUGCUGACGCCAGGUCACACCCUCCAGCAGGCCCUCAAGGCCAACAAUGCCAGUACCGGCUUCCACACUGAGGUUCCCAAGGAGCCCCCUGCACCCGCCUCCAACUCCCCCCAGGAGACCCAACAGUCUCGGGAGGACAAACUGCAGGACACUCACUCCCAGGAUGUAGCCAGGGAGGACUUAGCGCCGGUGGCCCCUAGCAGGGCCAAGCCUUGGCCACCGCUAGACGAGCUGCUGCACACACUGCAUCUGCUAGAGGAGGAGCCUGAGCCGCUGUCCCAACCUGGGGUCCCCUACAAGGGCAGAUAUGCCUGGACCAGCAAGGAGGACGAUGCCAGCUUUCUGACAACUGACAACCUGGAGAAAUUCAGGAAACUCAGUGCAGCCCCUGGCCCCCCUGAGGAUGAGACACUGCUCUCAGAGGCCAAGCUGCAGACCAUCAUGAACUUCCUGGAUGAGAUGGAGAUGUCUGCACAGGGCCAGCCAACUCUGCCACAGGAGGGGCUGCUGCCAGAGGCAGCUUCCGAGGUGAGCGCAUCCGCAAUGCGGCUGAAGCUGGAGGUGGAAGAGAAGAGGCAGGCGGUGGUGCUGCUGCAGAGAGCCCUGGUGCAACAGCGGGACCUCACUACCCGGCGAGUCAAGGAGAUGGAGAAGGAGCUGAACCUGCAGCUGCAGCGGCAGAAGGCACACUAUGAAGCCACCAUCCAGCGGCACCUGGCCUUCAUCGACCAGCUGAUUGAAGAGAAGAAGGUCCUGAGUGAUAAGUGUGAGGCUGUGGUGGCCGAGCUGAAGCAGGAGGACCAGAGGUGCAGGGAGCGUGUGGCACGGGCACAGGAACAGCACGAGCUGGAGAUGAGGAAGCUCAAAGAGCUCAUGAGUGCCACCGAGAAAGUCCGCCGGGAGAAGUGGAUCAGUGAGAAGACCAAGAGGAUCAAGGAAAUCACUGUUAAGGGCCUGGAGCCUGAGAUCCAGAAGCUGAUCUCCAAGCACAAGCAGGAGCUGCGCAAGCUCAAGGGCCUGCACGAGGCCGAGCUGCUGCAGGUGGACGAACGUGCGUCGCAGCGCUACCUACGCCAGGCCGCGGAGCUUCGGGAGCAGCUAGAACAAGAGAAGGAGGCACUGGGCCAGCAGGAGCGUGAGCGGGCCCGGCAGCGGUUUGAGCAGCACCUGGAGCAGGAGCAGUGGGCCCUACAGCAGCAGCGGCAGCGACUGUACAGCGAGGUGGCUGCCGAGAGAGAGCGGCUGGACCAGCAGGCCACCAGGCAGCGGGCAGAGCUGGAGGAGCUGCGGCAACAGCUGCAGGACAGCAGCUCAGCACUGACCCGAGCCCUACAGGCCGAAUUUGAGAAGGGCCAAGAGGAGCAGGAACGCAGGCACCAGGUGGAGUUGAAGGCUCUGAAGGACCAGCUGGAGCUGGAGCGGCAGGCAUGGGAGGCUGGCUGUGCCCGGAAGGAGGAGGCAUGGCUGCUGAACCGAGAACAGGAGCUGAAGGAAGAAAUCCGGAAAGGCCGGGAUAAGGAGAUUGAGCUGGUCAUUCACCGGCUGGAGGCUGACAUGGCACUGGCCAAGGAAGAGAAUGAGCGGGCAGCUGAGAGCCGCAUCAGGCGCAUCCGGGACAAGUACGAGGCAGAGCUCUCGGAGCUAGAGCAGUCAGAGCGGAAGCUUCAGGAACGGUGCACAGAGCUGAAGGGCCAGCUCGGGGAGGCGGAGGGGGAGAACGUGCGUCUGCAGGGCCUGGUACGGCAGAAGGAGCGGGCACUGGAGGACGCGCAGGCAGUGAAUAAGCAGCUGUCUACUGAGCGGAGCAGCCUGGCUCAGGUGAUCCGCCAGGAGUUUGCCGACCGCCUGGCAGCCUCAGAGGAGGAGACAAGACAGGUCAAGGCAGAGCUGACCCAGCUGCAGGCCCGCCAGCAGCUGGAGCUGGAGGAUGUGCACCAGAGGGUGAAGGUGGCCCUGGCGAAGAAGGAGGAAGCUGUGAGCAGCCUUCGGAGACAGCACGAGGCUGCGGUGAGGCAGGUCCAGCACCUGGAGGAACUGCUUGAGCGGCACCAGCGGCCACUGCUGACCAAGUGACCCCAUCAGGGGUGGGCGACAGACGAUGGAGGCCGGAUGCUGGGCCCAGAGCCUGGUGCAGGCUGAGGGUGGAAGCUGCGAGACGGGGUGGAGUGGACCUGCGCCUGCCCAGGUGCUCAGCACACUUAUCCUGGUGCCUGUGCCUGUGUUUCAACAGUA